CCGUCUUAUUGUAAUGCGCAUGCGCGAUCUGCUCUACCAGCGCUGUGUCUGUGUGUCCACCGGUCCACACGCAGGACGGAGGAGAGGGAUCGUGUCUGCUGCUGGUCCAUCAGAAGCCUAAGCCGGUCUCCAUGGCCCAGUUCGGGGGCCAGAAGAACCCUCCGUGGGCGGCUCAGUUUGCCGCUACGGCGGUAUCUCAGCCCGGCCAUUCAGGACAGUCCCUCGACUUGAACAGCUUACACUCGUUGGGUGUUCAGCAGCCGUCUCUCUUGGGUGCUUCUCCCUCAAUGUACUCACAGCAGUCUGCUUUGGCUGCAGCAUCCCUCAACACACAGUCAGCUGCCAAUUAUCAGAUUUCCCAGCAGACUGCAGCCCUCCAACAGCAGGCUGCUGCAGCUGCUGCAGCUGCGCUGCAACAGUCUCAGAUCAAUUCAGCACUGCAGCAAUAUCAGCAGCAACAGCAACAACAGCAGCAGCCACCUCAAGCUCCCCCGCCACAGCCACCUCCUCAGCAGACCCUCUACAAUGUUGCUCACCAGCUCCCUCAACCGCAGCCUGCCCUACUUUCACAGCCUCCUGUUGCUUUGCCUACUAGUCUGAGUUUGUCGAACCCGCAACAGACCGCUCAGAUCACGGUCUCCUACCCGACCCCCCGCUCCAGCCACCAGCAGCAGACCCAACCCCAGAAACAACGCGUCUUUACUGGGGUCGUCAACAAGCUACAUGACACAUUUGGUUUUGUGGAUGAAGAUGUUUUCUUUCAGCUUAGUGCGGUAAAAGGAAAAACGCCACAAGUUGGUGACCGUGUUCUUGUAGAGGCCGUCUAUAACCCCAACAUGCCGUUCAAGUGGAACGCCCAACGCAUUCAGACUUUACCUCAGUUGCCCAAUCAAACGCACCAGCCGCCCCAGCCCUUACCUCAGGUUUCCCCACAGUUGUCCAGCUUUUACUCUGAUGCAGGAGUGCAGCGCUACUCUGACAUACACUCUGCGGUGGACUCAAGACCAAAUAGCCAGCCUCCUGGCCCCAACAUGAUCAAGCCAGGUCCCUCUAUGCUUCAGUCUCUACCUCCACCAACUACCUUCAGCGUGCCAACCCAGGGUCCCCCUCCCUCCCUGCUUCAGGCCCAGCUUUCUGCAGCCUCUCUAGCUCCGCUCCUACAGAAUCCCCCUCAGCCUCUCCUGCCUCAGCCACCCCCUAAAGAUUCUGUAUUUUCAGGGGGGUUACUGCAGCCUCCAGUGCGGAUGAUGCCCCAGCCACAGCCUGUGAGACGUAUGGAUCCCUCUCCUCGCUUUCCAAGCCGCAGUGACAGACCAGAACUCAUUCUGAGAAAAGAUGACCGUAGUCGGGAGAGAGAGAGAGAGCGGAGAAGGUCAAGGGAGCGUUCUCCAACACGCAAGCGUUCGAGAGAACGCUCUCCUCGAAGGGAUCGCUCUCCAAGACGCCCACGCAGAGUUGUACCACGAUAUACUGUGCAGUUCUCAAAGUUCUCGCUUGAUGCAUACAACUGUGACAUGAUGGAGCUUCGGCGGAGGUAUCAGAGCCUCUACAUCCCAAGUGACUUCUUUGAUGCCGUUUUCACCUGGGUGGACGCUUUCCCCUUAUCGCGACCUUUUACAUUUGGAAACUACUGCAACUUCCACAUCAUGCAUAAAGAGGUGGACUCUUUAGUUAAGAACACAGCUGUAUUGGACCCUCCUGAUGCCAACCACACCUACAGUGCUAAGGUGAUGCUGCUUGCCACGCCCAGUUUGGAUGAAUUGUAUCAUAAGUCUUGUGCCCUGGCUGAGGACACACAGGAGCUACGGGACUCUUUUCAGCACCCGGCCCGCCUCAUUAAGUUUCUGGUUGGCAUGAGAGGCAAAGAUGAGGCCAUGGCCAUUGGUGGCCAUUGGUCUCCCUCCUUGGAUGGAGCUGACCCAGAGAACGAUGCCUCAGUCCUUAUAAAGACAGCAAUACGUUGUUGUAAGGCUCUGACAGGCAUUGAUCUGAGUUUAUGUACCCAGUGGUAUCGUUUUGCAGAGAUUCGCUAUCAUCGCCCUGAGGAGACUCACAAAGGGCGCACAGUUCCCGCUCAUGUGGAGACAGUGGUUUUAUUUCUCCCGGAUGUUUGGCAUUGUCUUCCUACCCGCUCAGAGUGGGAAGGCCUGUCCCGCGGACUCAAGGAGCAGCUGGCAGAGAAACUCUUGGCUGAACGGAAGGAGGCUGAUGGAGAACAGGAAGAAGAGGAGAAAGAUGAUGACGAUUCAAAAGAGGUUACUACACCCACACACUGGUCUAAGCUUGAUCCGAAGUCUAUGAAAGUCAAUGACCUGCGCAAGGAGCUGGAGAGCCGAUCUCUAAGCUCUAAAGGGCUGAAGUCUCAGCUGAUAGCUCGGCUCACUAAGCAGCUGAAGGUGGAGGAGCAGGUGGAGGAAUCCAAAGAACCAGAGAAGACUGAGUCUGUUGGUGUAGAGGAGGAGGAGCCCUGUAGAGCAGAGGAAGACCGGGAGGUGAGCGAAGAGACAAGCUGUGAGAAUAACUACAUGAUCAGAAAGGAGGAGGAGCGCAAGCGGCAAGAGGAACUGGAACGGCAACGUAGGGAGAGGCGGUAUGUCCUUCCUGAUGAGCCCACUAUUAUUGUCCACCCGAACUGGGCAGCAAAAAAUGGCAAGUUUGACUGCAGCAUCAUGUCUCUCAGUGUGCUGUUGGACUACAGGCUGGAGGACAAUAAGGAACAUUCCUUUGAGGUCUCGUUGUUUGCUGAACUUUUCAAUGAGAUGCUUCAACGAGACUUUGGCUACAGGAUAUACAAAGCUCUUGCUGCUUUUCCAAGUAAGGAUGAGCGAAAAGAAAAGAAAGAGAAGGCAAAAAAAGAGGCAGAGAGAAAAGAGUUAGAUAGGAGGGAUGCAAAGAAGGAUAAAGAGGAGGAGAAUGGUGAGCCUUCCACAAAGAGACAGAGGGAGGAUGAGGAAAAGAGACGGGAUGAUGACAAGGAGAGGGUUCUAAAGAAAGAAGAGUCUAAAGAUGAAGAUGAUAAUGAAGAUGAAAGCAGCAAUAACAACGCUGACGAGUAUGAUCCGAUGGAAGCUGAGGAUGCGGAUGACUAUGACGAUGAUGAUAAAGAUGAUGAAGACUCCAACGGUAGGGACAGAAGGGAUGACCGCAGAGAUGACAGAAAAUCAAAAGACAGAGCUUCUAAAGAUAAAGAUGAAAAAAAGAAGCAAAUGGUGACAUUUGAUAAAGAUCUUCUGAUGGCUUUUGUGUACUUUGAUCAAAGUCACUGUGGGUACCUACUAGAGAAAGACCUGGAGGAGAUUAUGUAUACACUGGGCCUGCAUCUUUCCAGAGCUCAGGUGAAAAAAUUGUUGAAUAAGCCAGUGGUGAGAGAGUCCUGCUACUACCGUAAACUAACCGAUAGACCCAAAGAUGAGUCCAGCCCAGUAGGGACUCCUGAUUCUCAAAUAGAAAACCUCUUGGGUAACCGAUCUCUGCUGCCCAGCCAGAAGACAAAGCGAGAGGGAGAGGACCACACUGAGACGGGAAGUCUUAUUGUCUAUAAUGGCGCUAUGGUGGACGUGGGGAGCAUGCUACAGAAGCUGGAGAAGAGUGAGAAAGGCAGAGAGGAGAUUGAACAGAAACUUAUGCAGCAGGACACUAAAAUGGAUGAAGAUGCUAAGAAUAUGUCGGAGUUGGAGUCAGCCAACCGCAGUCUGAUGAGGGAGCUGGAGCAGGUGAAAUCCAGUCUGAGAGAGACGGAGAAGAAUCUCAGAGCCUCUGAGCAGCAGAAGAGCUGCUAUCAACAGCAGCUGCACAGCACACUGUCAAGCCUUCGCACAGUCAUGAAGGAACUACAGUGUGUCUUACCUAAUGCUGAUCAUUCUGAAGACAGUGAGCAGAAAACUCAAACUAACGGCUCAGAUGACUGAACUGCCGGUUACAUCUGUUUGUCACUUGUCCUUCUCCUCAGAUCUGUAAAUAAGCACUAAAUCCGUUUAAUUUGAAGCUAAUUUUUGAUAAAUAUUUCCUUUUUGCAUUUUGUUGUUGCCAUGUACAGAAUUUUAAGGACAGAGGAGAACACUGUAACUUAAUUUUCCUCCUCAUAAUUCUUUGACCUAAAAAAGUAAUUUGACAAGCUACUUCCUACAUAGUUAAAUUAUCAUUACAAAUAAAAAGCUUAUCAAAUUCACGUGUGAUAUUUAAGUCUUGUUUUAAAAAUGUUAUUGAUGAUUUUUUUUUUUUUUUUUUAAUAUUCUAGAGAAACCUUUUCUUCCCAGUUGCCAGUCAUUUUAAUUUUGUUUGUUUUUGUGGUGGCCAUCUUUUUCUGUCAACUUACAGCAUCAUCUGUGCUAGUAUAUGUGAGGUGAAUUUUUUUUUUUUUUUUUUUUUUCUCCCAAUUUAAUUAGCAAUAAUGGUGUUAUUUAUGUGUAAAGUGAAAUAGAGCUGAAAAGUUUUUCACAUCAGGACCUGGGUAGAGCUGCAUAAUGAGUGCAGAGCCAGGCUCAGGGUGAAUUUGUUAUACUGAUGUAACAGAUCAGUAGUUGCAUUCUUUGUUUACUGUCUGUGAACAUUUUUGCUAACUUGCUGCUAUCCUAUUUCUUGAUAUGCAUCUGAACUAAUGCACGCAUAUUUGCUUAAUCCUAACUAUUGAGUUUGUGAUUUUGUGUAAUCCUUUGAGAAGUGGCAUUGUGUGAAUGAAGCCGUUCUUUUUGUCUCUUCAAAGGGACGUUGAUGCACAAAAGCUCAGCCGUCGUUUUAAAAGAGCGGUUAUCAUAAUUGACUGACUCUGGUGUUGUAUGCUGCAGAGGAAUCCAAACAACUUGGUAUUCCAUAAAUAGUAUUUCACGAGAAUGUGUUGUCCUGGAAUUGAAGCAGUUUGUUUUUGUUUUUUCCUCCCACUAAUCCAUUUAGUUUUUCUUUUUUUUUUUUUUUGUAUUUUUGGAGACGGGGAGUCGGUCAUCAGCAACUGACUACAGGAAGUUGUGGAUGCUGAAUGGAAAAGAGCCAAACUUAGUAACAAUGAGCCCAAAGCAACCAAGUGCAUAUUAUUUUUAUAUUUCAGAUGUGCUAUCAUGGUUGUCCUGUGUAAAAAAUAAAAGUGGUUCAUUUUAAUAUUA